AUGCAAUCCGGGCUCUGUGACGCGUUGCUCCAUUCUCUGCUCACGUUCCGACGAAUUGGGCGCAAGCACAUGCACAAGUCGUGGAUGGUCAGCUCGCCCGUGCUUGUGGAGGCCCAAUGGGUUCGGUCCACGCUUGCCCUGAUCUCUCAGACAUGCAUGCAGAAGAGGAGAGACCGGCUGGCAGUCAACCUGGAUUUUGAAGCGAGAGUCCCCGUCCCCUUCAGCAUCUUCCCCUCGUCGUACCGCGACGACGACAAGAAGGAGUCGGGCAAGACCAGCACCAGCACCACUACCCACGAGGAGCUCAACCUCCACCUCCCCCACCACAAGCCCGGGCGGGAAGGUAGUCAGGUCUCUUCUUCUUACUCCGCCGCCGCGGCCGACCUUCCUCCCCGCAGGGAGCAGCACCGCUACAGCGAGGAAGAGGUCUUCGUCACCCGUGAAGAGGACCGGUACCGCCGUCCCGGUGUCCACCGUGAAGAGUACUACCGCGAAGAGCUCAAGGAGCAGCAGCCCAGGUAUUCCCAAUACCCAUCUGUUUCCUCUGCCCUGUCCCUGCCCUUCUCCACCCCGCCUCCGCCGCCCCCGACGCCCUCUGCCUCACCUCCCCGUUCUUCCUACUCUGAGAGACCUCCGCGUUCCUCAUACUCUGAUACCCGCAUUGAGAUCGACACUCACCGACACCACGACCACCACCACCAUCACCACCGGCCCGAGUCUCGCCCGGCCAUCCCCUUGUCUCCCAUCGACAACAUCGAGCGUGGGUACCGUGCUCGAUCCCAGCCUGGUUACCGUGAGGACGUCCGCGUAACCGAGACCACCGUCGACACGCCUCUGCGCCGUCCCGUCGUCAAGGAGACUGUUCACCACGACGAGCACAUCAUCGAGGCCCCCAGGAUCCGCCCUGCUGUCAACCAGACUGUCCGUGUAGACGAGACAGUCGAGAUCGAUCGCUCCCCGCGUCACAAGCAUCACCACAAAGCCAAGAUGGGUUACUUCGACGAAGAUGGCCACUAUCACUCUUUCCGGCACGGCCUCCAUAAGGCCGCUGAUCGUAUCAUUCACCCUCGAGGUCAUCAUGAGACCAUUGAGGUGACUGAGGUCCGGGAAAGCCGUCCGUCUCGCCGUGUAAGCCAGGCCGCUUACGGAGAUGAAGCCCCAAAUUCAGUUACCAUUCCCUGCCACCACAUCCGGAUCGGCGACAUCCUGAUCCUCCAGGGCCGCAUCUCCCAGGUCAUCCGGAUCUCCACCUCCUCCGCCACCGGCCAGCACCGCUACCUCGGAGUCGACCUCUUCACCAAGCAGCUCCAUGAGGAGUCCUCGUCCAUUCACAACCCCGCCCCGAGCGUUGUUGUCCAGACCAUGCGCGGACCCAUCCUGAAGCAAUACCGCGUCCUUGACCUCCAGGACGGCAGUGUUGUUGCCAUGACCGAGACUGGUGAUGUGAAGCAGUCCUUGCCAGUCCUUGACCAGUCCAACCUCUAUGACCGCCUCCAGCAGGCCUUCGAUUCCGGCCGCGGAUCCGUCCGAGUGCUGGUUGUCAACGACCAAGGCCGCGAGAUGGUUGUUGACACCAAGACACUGCACGGUUCCUCUCUGUAA